AUGCCGUGUCUUCCAGCCACUUUGCGCCACCAAGGUGUGGGUCCUAAUAAGGAAGUCAUGAAAGUGAAGCUUUUAUUGUCAGACAUAUCUAGAGUAAUUUUGGUAACAGGUCCACAGGGCAUCCAUGACAAACAGGACAUAUUUCCAAAUACAAGGUCUAAAGAGUUCAGAUCUCUGUCCUGUGAUAUAAUCAGUAGUAAGAAUGCUGCCCAAACCAACCUUUCUGCAGCUCUCAGAAGUUCGCUCAACAUUAAAAACCAUGAAGCAAAGCCGAAUGAUGUCGCUGCCAGUGAUCCAGACAAAGUUAAACAAAAUCCUGCAAAGAACAACAAUGUAGCUGCCAGCGAUCCAGACAAAGUUAAACAAAAUCCUGCAAAGAGCAAGUCACUUCUAAGAAACAAUAGCGAUGCUAUUUCCAAUGCAACGGUUACACAAGACAACUCACCUGUAGGCAAAAAAAUUACUUAUGAUGGAGAUUUUAAAAGAACACAAGAGGUGACUCCAGCACUGUUCAGCCUAUUUCCCAAGGAAAGUCCCUUUAAAUAUGCACCAUGGGAUUCAUGUGCUGUUGUAGGCAACGGAGGAAUAAUAGCCAACAGCAGCUGCGGAAAACAAAUAGACUCUUCCUCAUAUGUCAUCAGGUGCAAUCUUCCACCACUGGACAAUGGAUAUGAAAGAGACACGGGACACAAAACAAACCUUGUCACAGCCAACCCAAGCAUCUUUUUUGAAAAGUACCAUGCAUUAAAUGAGCGCCGGCGGUCAUUUGUGGAAGAUAUUCAGAUAUACGGGGAUGCUCUACUCUUUCUGCCUGCAUUUUCAUUUCGCCAGAACAUGGCUGUGUCCCUGCGUGUCAUCUACGCGAUCGAGGACAUCAAUAUCAAUGGCCCACGGCCUGUCUUCUUAAACCCAGAGUACCUGAGCAGCCUGGCAAAAUUUUGGCGUGCUCAGGGAAUUCAUUCAUUGCGCCUCAGUACUGGUAUAAUGAUGGUCAGCUUGGCACUGGAGCUCUGCAACAACGUCCAUCUGUAUGGUUUCUGGCCCUUUGGAAUACAUCCGUACACCCACCAAAAGCUCAGCAACCACUACUAUGAUAACCGACCGGUAAAUAAGAGAAUUCAUGCGAUGCCAGCUGAAUUUAAAGCCUUAUUGGAUCUCCAUAACAAGGGCGUGAUCCAUCUGCACCUAGAGGAGUGCAAAUAUUAAAAUAUGUGGAGUGACCUCUAUUAAACUGUGCCUCACGUUUAGUAUAAGUAUACACUUUCAUUUCCUACUGAACCUCCUAAUAAUAU